AGAAUCGAGCGGUGGCGCGCGUCAGCAGUGUCGCAAGUAGAAACGGGCCGUGCGCUGCUGGCUGGUCGUGUCGUGCUCUGUGGUGAUAGAGGGGCAGGUCCGUCAUCGUUUGCCCAUCAACGCCGCUCGUCCACGUCCAAGUUUGCAAGCAAGCGGGCAAGCUGCAGCUUCCUCGCAUCGAGACGUCUGUAAACACGGGAAGCUUUCGCUGAGCGCGAGUUUGCGAAGACGUCAAGCUAAGCAGAAGAAAAAGUCACGCAUGUGGCUGCGCAGAGUGGAAGGAACAAGCAGAAGCAGCAGCGCCGAGUGAAGAGUGCGAGAGAGAAUCGAUCAGCUAGUGAACGAGCGAGAGCGCGAGUCGAGAUGGCGGAGCAGCAGCGAGUGUUAGCAGCGAGGAACGAGGAGCAGCAGUAGCGGCGUUGACCUAUUUUUCAUUUUCCUCGAGAGACACCGUCGCCUAGUCAUCGUCGUCGUCGUCGUCGUCUCUCUCUCUCUCUCACUCUCUCUCUCUCUCUCUCACUCACGAGCUCUGAUCUCCACAUUGUGUAUCUAGCUCUGUGUGUAUGUUAGCGAGCGAUUCUCGCGUGCCUGCCUGCUUGCCUGUACCGUAGCUCUCGUUAUCUCCGUCUCACUUUGGCUGUUCUGCUUGCGCCUACUGUGUGUGUUGGUGUGUAAGUGAGGCACACGAUAAAUAUCUGCCAGUACAGCAGCAAGCAGUGUGUGUGUGUGUGUUAUUUGUGUAAGGCACCCGCGCAAGUGUGUGUGUAAGCACCGAGCAGUCGACGACGGCGGACAAGACGACGACGACGGCCACGACAACGACGUCUGCUAAGUCCAUAGAGGGGAAAAGAAGAAGCACUAGCGCUGUGAGAUAGUGAGAGAGAGUUUGCGGUCGAGAGAGAGAGAGAGAGCGAGUUAGUGCGCGUGCGACGAGGGUUUUUUGGCCAACAGGCACCAAGGUCGCAAAAAAGCAGCCGACAUUCUGAGAAAACUCGACAUCCGUGGAGCCUUGGCAGGCUCGAGCGGCAGCAGCAGUAGCCAAGCCAAGAUGGGCAACAAUGCCACGAGCUCCAAUAAGAAGGUGGACGCCGCUGAGAGCGUCAAGGAGUUCCUCGAGCAAGCCAAAGAGGAGUUCGAAGAGAAGUGGAAGAAAAAUCCGUCGAACACCGCGAGCCUCGACGACUUCGAACGCAUUAAGACCCUAGGCACGGGGAGCUUUGGUCGGGUGAUGAUAGUGCAGCACAAGCCCACUAAGGAGUACUAUGCCAUGAAGAUCCUCGACAAGCAAAAAGUGGUGAAGCUCAAGCAGGUUGAGCACACGCUCAAUGAGAAGCGAAUCCUGCAGGCGAUAAACUUCCCGUUCCUCGUGUCGCUGCGCUUCAACUUCAAGGACAACUCGAAUCUAUACAUGGUCCUAGAGUACGUGCCCGGCGGCGAGAUGUUUAGCCAUCUGAGGAAGGUCGGCCGUUUCUCCGAGCCGCACUCGCGCUUUUACGCCGCCCAGAUUGUACUCGCCUUCGAGUACCUGCACCACCUCGAUCUCAUUUACCGGGACCUUAAGCCCGAAAAUCUGCUGAUCGACUCGCAGGGCUACCUGAAGGUCACGGAUUUCGGCUUCGCCAAGCGGAUUAAGGGCAGAACGUGGACCCUGUGCGGUACACCCGAGUACCUUGCGCCAGAGAUCAUCCUUAGCAAGGGCUACAACAAAGCUGUCGAUUGGUGGGCACUGGGUGUGUUGGUGUACGAAAUGGCUGCUGGUUAUCCACCCUUCUUUGCGGACCAGCCCAUUCAGAUUUAUGAGAAGAUUGUCAGUGGUAAGGUACGGUUUCCGUCUCACUUUGGCUCCGAGCUGAAGGAUCUGCUGCGUAGCCUCCUUCAGGUGGACCUGACCAAGAGGUUUGGCAACCUCAAGGCUGGUGUCAACGACAUCAAGAAUCACAAAUGGUUUGCCAGUACCGACUGGAUUGCCAUCUUCCAGAAAAGAAUCGAGGCUCCUUUCAUACCAAGGUGCAAGGGCCCAGGGGACACCAGUAAUUUUGAUGAUUACGAGGAGGAGGCAUUGAGAAUCUCGUCAACGGAGAAGUGCGCCAAGGAGUUUGCUGAGUUCUGAAGAGGCCACCUUAGUCAAGGUCAAAGCUCAUCAUUAGCUGCCAACUGUACCCAACUGUGCUCAGAGCGCUGCAGCCAAUCCAGAGGUACAACCUGUUGGAAGAAGUCCCAAGCACCUUGGAGACCUAGGAGACAAGGAAUAUGAAACAGAAAUAAACAAAAAAAUUACAUUAUUAUAAUGAUUCCAUGUUCAUCCAGUGAUUCUCCAUCGACAAUGAGAUAGCAAAUGCCACAUUCUCCUAGGUUGUGUUUUAAGUCUCACUCGACAACACAGAAACCCACACUUCCUUCUUAAGAGCCAGCAACAACAAAGCGCAACCCAAUAAAUCCUCUUAGAAAGCAUUUUUCCUGGAUAUAAACGUGAUGAGUUUGCAGCUGCUGCUGCUGCUGCUACAACUGCUGCUACUGCUGUGGUAUUUUAAUUGAGUACACGAAGAAAAAAGAGGUGCAUAGUGGUUUGAAUGGUGUGUGUGGCAUGAGGUGAACAGUGCGGCACAACAGAAGAUAGCAAAAGUAAAUUCCUAUCAAACUCUUAGUAUUCUUGUUGCUGAUUAUGAACUUGCUUGUUGUUAAGAAAAAUAAGUAAAAAUAAAUUGAUUAAACAAAGAGAGAAACACGCUCCUCUCGCGCGUGUGAGAAGCGCAGUGAACAAAAAUGUUGUAACAAAAUGAAGAAUCUUCUAUUACUUUGAACACUUAUAUGAGUAGCCGUGUACGAGCAGAAGACGAAGAAAAACUAAAACAUAUAUAUAUAUAUAUAAAUGGAGAAGAUGUGCGGACGAGGAGGGAAGCGAAGAAGAGGCCGUGCCUGCAGGAUCAUCAAGCAAUCAUCAUCUUCGAGCGAAGCUGUCGAGCUGUAUCGAGACAGAAAAAGAGAGAGAAAGCGAGAGAGAGAGAGAAGAGAGAAAACAGUGUCGUUUGUCGUGUGCGGUGUCUGUGUCGUGCAACGGAAUCGUUACGUAUGUUGAGUUGGGUGGCAGUGCGUACGUAUAUCACGCGUUCUGUGUGCGUGUGCUACAGUGUGCGAGUUGCGCGCGCGUGAGAAAGAUGCGUCCGACGACGUCGAAUAAUGUAAUUGUUUUGUCCCCGCCAAUUAUAAAGGUAGAGAUGAUUAAAAUAAAUGCAAGCAAAAGAAAAAAAACACAAAAAAAUUAAAAGAAAAAGUUGAAAAAAAAACCCACAAAAAAAAAGAAGGAAAGAAAGAACGGGUCCAGAGAUGCUCCGUCUCUCCGCAGACUGACGAAUUUUCUUCACGUGUGAAACGAGAGAGAAAGAGAGUAUAAGCAGCGAGCACGGGAAGCGCGACCUUGACUGGCGUGAGCGCGCGUAAGUUUAAAAAUAAGCAAUCGGUGCAGACGGGUAAUAUAAAACACACAUAUGUUUCACGAGGCGCGUAUAUAAAUCUUGCUGAUCGGCCCAGCGCACCACAUCAAUUUAUAUACACUAGCUUGAUCGACGACGACCUGAACGUUCAGCUAAUUUACAAUCUUUAUCUCUCUCAUCAUGAACUCAUAUACAAAAGACACACACACACACGCGUGCGCGCGCGCGUACGCACACACACACAAAUCUCCGAGACUACAUAUAAAAAGCAGCGGCAACGAAGUAUCAUCAUCUGAUCUAUCUUUCUCUCUCACUCUGGCUGUCCGUCUGACUUGUCUGUCUGUCUGCGCGCGAUCGUGUCGCUCUAAUAUAUAUCUUUGAUUUUCUCGUGAACCUCUAUUUUUCUAUAUAUAUAUAUUCAUAUAUAUAUAUGUAUGUGUGUGUAUGCGUGUGUGUAUGUGUGUAUGCGCGCCGCCAAGGUUGUUUGUAAGAGCACACGUUCAAAAGUCCACGUGUGUGCAACGGGGACGCAUGUGAGACACUGGAGAGAACGAAUAUUACAAAAAAUAAUAAUAACCAACAAGAAAUAUUAUUAUAAAAGAACAUAGCCGACAAGUCGACGACAAGCAAUCAUACUUAGUAGCGAAAAGAAACGCCAAACGGCACCUCGACCUUCCUCACUCUUACCUUAAAAAAAAAUAAAAUAAAACCCUACCCUUGCAGGGACAUACACGCAUUACAAGAGUUUACCACACGUAUACACACAUGAACAGAGUUCCCCGACAAAAUGGAACACACAAGACGACAUUGUAAAUAGAAGAUAUAUAUCGAGGAAUCGAGCUUACACACUAUCUCUCGUAUAAUAGUGCGCGCAAGGUUCGGAAUCGCCGUUGUGUGGUGUUGCCGUUGCGUCGCGCCUUUUGUUUUACGAGAUGCGCCUCGCGAGUCCCAUAUCUCAAUUGGGAAUUGAGCUCAAUCAUCGGCUCGAUUAAAACUGCUCUCACGUGCGGUCACGAGCGCCGCCGCGCGACGCAACUACACGUCCGUUUGUUUGCUAUUUCUCCCUUUUUUUCUUUCUCUCUUUGCCAUUUUCGUUUCGCACUCGUUUUAGAGUGAUGUGCGCUUCUUCGUUCCUCCCCCAUCCACUUCUCACUCUCUCUCUUUUUUAUAUCUUCGUUCCGCGGUGGCUAUCUAUUAAUACGACACUCGACAUUGACACGACGCUGCUUUAUCGAGAGUUCCGCGUUAUAAUUAAACAGAAAAAAAGUGAUAAGAGAGUAGUUCUUUGGUUCUCCGUUUUCUUUUUGUACUCGAUUUUUCUUUUUUUCCUUUGGUUUCCCGAGCAAAGCUGCGAGUUUUGCCACCACGACGUCGACGACGACAGUUUAUUUUCGCGGCACGAAUCCACGGCGAUUCUAUAUAUUUCGCGAGAAGAGUGAGUGCGAGAGAGAGUAAGAGUUUAUUUUGGUGCGCGUGCGCGUGUCUUUUAAGCAUUUUUUUGUUCGUUGGCUCGCCUUCUUCGUACAUAUAUUAUAAAAUCACCGUGUACAUUAUUAUUAUUAUUAUUAUUAUUAUUA